AUGGUGGUAGUCUCGGGGCAGUUGGAAGACAGAGGGACCCCGGAUGAUGCCAUGUCGAGCUCAGAUGCUGACGAUGAGCUGAUCGAGCCGUCCACGCCCACCCCCAGCAGCGCCACCUUCUCCUUGAACAGCAAACUGCACCCGCUGCAGCUUCCUGAAGUGAUUCCUCUUAACGUAGGAGGCAUGUGCUUCACCACCAGAUUGUCAACACUUCACAGAUAUGAGGACACCAUGCUGGCAGCCAUGUUCAGUGGACGACAUCACAUUCCGACAGAUUCUGAAGGUCGAUACUUCAUUGAUAGGGAUGGAACAUAUUUUGGUGACAUCCUAAAUUUCUUACGGUGCGGAGAACUUCCUCCUCGAGAACGUGUGAAAAUGGUGUACAAGGAGGCCCAGUACUACUCAGUUGGACCCUUGCUUGAUCUCUUAGACAAAAUGCAACCACUUACUGGAGAGAAAGUCAGACAAGCAUUUCUUGACUUGAUGCCUUACUACAAAGAUCACUUGGAGCGCAUCAUUGAAAUUGGAAAGCUGCGAGCUAUCCAGAGAAAGGCAAGAUUUGCUAAGCUGAAGGUCUGUGUCUUCAAGGAAGAGAUGCCUAUUACCCCUUUAUGAGUGUCCUCAAUUUAAUGCACUACGAUUUGAGAGGAGUGAGACUGAGUCAAAGCACUUUGAGCACCACUGCGAGGUAGAUGUGUCUUUCGGUCCCUGGGAAGCAGUGGCAGAUGUAUAUGAUCUUUUGCACUGUAUAGUUAGUGAUCUGUCUGAGAGGGGCAUCGCUGUCGAACACCAGUGCAUUGGUGUGUGUGAUAAGCACCUUGUUUAAUCACUAUUACUGCAAACGUCCAAUCUAUGAAUUCAAGAUCACUUGGUGGUGA